GUCCCUCUCCCUCUCAGUCGUGCGCGCGCUACACAGAUGCUCACGCGGUUUGGAGCAGGUCUGUCUCGUGUGCGCGGUCUUGCUCGCUAGCUCUAGAUUCCGGGAGAUUUUAAGUAAUUUGCGGGCAUCAGGGAGUCCCUAUCAGUAUGCAGGAGCUUCUUGGAACUUCCGGGAAACUUGGGAUGUCUGACAACGGGUGUGAUCACUUGUCGGAAUUACAUACUCACUUCUGGUUUUAAUACCGAUCCCAGCGGAAAUACGGAUCCCUUACCUAUAGAUGCAAGAACCUUGGCGCAGGGUCAUACGUCACAUGGUCAAGCAAUGUGUCAAAGUAAGAGUCUCUACUGGGACUGGUUUUGAUGAUUGACCGGGGCUCCUGGACAUCAGAAAGUAUUGAUCAUCUGUGAAGACAAGACAAAAAAAAUGAAUUCAGAAAUCGAACAAAAAUGCCCCAUGUGCAGCUUGUGCUAUGCUGCCAUGCGGCAGCAUUUAAUGAAAGCGCACAAGGUUUGCAACAGAGUGGAGCUGAGGCUAAUACUUAAAGCCUCUAAUGGUCGUGUUGCAGAACCACUGAUAUGCACCAUCUGCAAUGAAAAGAAGGUCAGGCUGGACAAGCAUCUGCUGUCCAGCCACAAGUACCUGACGUCGGCAUCAAGGGCAGACCUUUUCAGGUGCUCGAAGAAGGAGUGGGUGCUUGGGCAGCUCAGGUUGUUGCGCGCAUCCAACCCCUCUCCUCCCAUGGUCAGCUAUCUUGAUAUUAGACCUGAGGACCUGGCCAGGGAGGAUCAGGAGGUUGCGCGCACAGUUUCCCUUUUGUCUGCCGCCCCUUCUGCUGCACCUGCUGCAGAGCCUGCUGCCCCUGCUACCCAGCCUGCCUGCCAUGGCUGCAGGAUCAGAGAGGCUGAAAAUGCCAAGCUGCGGGGGACUGUGGCCAUCCUCAUGGGUAGGGAGAGGAUGCACCGGCCCCCAAGGCGGCGCUUUCAGCGGGCAGAGGAGGACUUAUGUAUGGCUAAGCCCGGGUUUGAGGAACUCAUGGAUCUUUUCUACGAGAGGGAACUGGGGGCCAAAUCCGGCCUUAAGGACCAGGACAAUUGCAAGCAGAGGGUUGCGAAUAUCAGGGAAUUUGUGAUCCUCUGCUGCGACGGAGUCCCACAAAAAAGUCUAACCGCCCUAAAGGAGGAGAGGCGGCUGACUGUUGCCGUCGGGAAGCUGAAGGAGAAGGGCCUGGCCCCGACCACCAUAAAAAAAAAGAUGGUGGACGUCACUGUUUUUUUUAAAUGGUUGAAAAGGGCUUCGCCGGUCAGGGUCAGGCUUUCCCAGAAGGUCCUGGGGUGCCUGAUUGACCAAAUAAGGAAGCACCAAAAAGACCUGGCCAGGGAUGUGGUCAGACACCAGCAGCGAGUGAGGAGAAGAAAGACAGCAAAUCUCCUCAAGGCAGCUGACCACAGCCAGUUUAUCGACCUGGCCAGUCGAAAACUGCCCCUUUACCUCUCUCGGCUCGAGAAGUCCCUGGAGGACAGGGACCUCCAAAUGUUCUUUGGCCUCCUGGCGGGCCUGAUGGUAACCACAAGCGGCCAUAGAAUCAACACUAUUCGAAAUCUGACGGUCCAGGAGGUGGAGGAGGCCGUCCACGUAUGGGGGGACACGUACAUCUUAUACAUCAAAAGCCACAAGACGAGGGGGACUUUCGGCGAUGCCAAAGUGGCGCUCCAGGCAGAGGAGUAUGGCGUAAUGGUAAAGGCGAUGGAGAGCCGGGACUGUUUCCCUGGUGGAAUGUCGAACCACUAUUUUUUUAAUCAGUCCGGGAAACAGUCCCGGACACUUCUUGCCGCCUUCCAGGCCGUCUGGAAAGAGAUUGGGAUGAAGGAGCCUGCUCCAAGUUUUGUGGGCAUGAGAAGCUCAAUGGCCACACAUGCCCACAGGGCGCUACCUGCGGAAGCGGCCACGGCCGUGUCGGAGGCCAUGUGCCACUGCACGGCCGCGCGGUUUUACGCGGCAAACCAUUCCCCAGAGAAGACGUCAAAUUGAGGGAUGUAAUGAUCCGGCUCCAGCCUCGGAAGGAAGAGGCCUCCUGCUCCACCAUCCCACGAAGGAGGCCUCGGGUGCAGCCCACCGAUGCCUGAGCGCUGCAGACAUCCGGAAAGUGGUGUGGAAAUCACAAAAACCUCUCAAAAUAGAUAAGGUAAAACCUAGUUGAUACAUUUCAAACUAAAUGUAUUUGUUAAAUGUUAACUUGCUUUUACCUGUUGUAUCUGUUUUAUAAAACAGCCGGGCUGAGAGGAAGGAGUGCCAAACCAAAGCCCAAAAAAAGCCUUAAGAUGGUGGCACUUCCUCCCCCCUCAACUCCACCUCCUCCUUUUUAUGUAAUCUGUGUUGUGUUCUCUAUGUUGUUCAAUUUGUAAAUAGUUGUAAUGAAAUUCACCUCCCUCAACUCCUCCUUUCAUGUAAUCUGUGUUGUGUUCAUUAUUGUUAUUUUGUUAAAUUUGUAGAUAGUUGUAAUUAAAUGCUAUGUUGUUCAAAUGUUAUGUUGUUCAAGAUUUGUAAAUAGUUGUAAUGAAAUAAUAAAAUGUAUGUGUUGCAAUCAGAUCUUUCAGUCGUUAUAUGUUCCUGAUUUUACCCCUUUGAGGUUACACAUGACUUACCUACAUGUUUACAGCAGUGUUGUAAGGUCUUGGCUCUGAUGUGCUCGACUGUGCCACCCCUGCCUUUCACG